GGUGAACUGCAUAGUAUGGCUCUAAACGGCUGUCGCACUGCUGCCAUAGACAUGAUCGCUGUGGGAACAUGUAGCGGGUCUGCGCUCCAGAGACUUGCAACGGAUGCUGCGAGAUACUGGAGACAGAGUCUGUCGCCGUGGAUGGGAUACAUGCGGCGGCAGCAGCGUCAGAUGUCAUCGCAGGUGGUGGCAGAUACGAUCGUUUACGACAAGAGUGCACCGCGCUUCGGCCGAAUAAAGUUGACGUCGUCCUGUGAUCUCAGAGUGAUUCCGCACGUCCAGGCGGCGCCACUUUAUGACGAUCGAAUUCGAUUGCGGGUGGUCAGGGGGAACAGAACUGCGGACGAUGUUGAGGGCGAGCUGGUGAAGUUGAACAUCACUAGCAGGAAGUCGGAACCAGAGUUCAGUCUAGAGGGCACACUUGAUCGCUUGUCUAGUGAUAGUUGCCUGAUGACUGAACUAGAGUUACCGCCACAAUAUGAUGUGCAACUGUACAUGAAAGCGAAUUCUAACCUACACAUUGCCAGCAUGGAGAGCAAUGUAUGCACUCUGCAUAUUAAUAGAGGGCGCUGUACACUUGCCAGUGUUAAGGUAGGGAGGCUGAGCGUGAUGUCAAUGAGUGGUGAUGUCAGUCUGCUCGGGCUUGCUCAGGGUGACAUCGCCAUCACGGCUCAACAGAAUGGUAAUGUGAGUGCAGAUCGAUUACAAGGAAAUCACAUUUCUGUCCACACGGAGAAAGGAGACGUCAGUGCGAAAGCUGUUUAUGCUGAUCAGUCCUCAUUCACGACUGAGAGCGGUAAUCUCUGUUUGGGAAAUCUACAUGGAACCUGCACAGUGUCAGCAGAUGUAGGAUCAGACAUAGUUAUUGGUACACUGGAUGGUGACUUGAAGCUGUCAAGCAAAGGCGAUGUGGAUAUCCAUGUUUCAAGGACACAGGACACUCAUCUAUCUUCUGAAGGUUGCAUUACGAUGAAGCUGGACAACAGCAUCCGUGGAAGCAUGCAGCUAACUGCUUCUGAAGUUAACGUUGAUAACUCCUUCGUGAAGACAGAGGACGUUGAAGAAGAGAAACAAUCUGAGGAUGGACAGUCAAAGACAUACACACUGGAUGUGAAUGGACCGGGCCCUUCCAGCAUAACUGCGCAAGCGAGGUGCAUAAAUGUUAGUAAGCAGAACUGGUUAUCGGCUCUCAACUUGACGCUGCCCGAUCCAUAGAGCCAUAGACAAGGGGAUGACAGAUGUUCAGAUUGUAACUGAGCUCAGUCUGUGACAGGACUGAUUAUGUGAUUGAUGAAUUCAUAAUUUCUGUCGUUAGAAUGUGGCACAAUCUGCAAGGCACAGUGUGAUAUUUGAAUGACAUUGAAAGCCUAAUAAUGUAUAAACAAACACAUAGAGUCAGCCAUUGUACAUGAUGUGCCACAGAUACCUGGUUGUGGAAGGUGAGCAAAAGUAUGUUGGACGUUUUGCAUUUUAAUUGUUUGGUUUUCUCUGCUGUGACUUAAUUAUGCUUUUAGCACACAUGCAUUCACCAUUAUUACAGUCACACAAUAUUUUCACGAUCUUGCAAUGCAUUAUUUAGAAGUACUGAUUGUGAGCUCAUGUCUGUGUCGAAAAAUAAAUUAAACUCAUUUAUA